CCUUCCACUACUCGAUAAGCACCACAGUCUUCUUGUUUGGCUCAAACACAUAGACAAAUCAGGUUCUUCUCCAUCCAUCAGGAAAGAGGAGCAUGAAGAAGAAGAUAGUGAUCAAAGUGCAGAUGAAGUGCGACAGGUGCCGCGUCAAAGCCAUGCAGGUUGUUGCUGCAGCAGGCGCUGAUUCAGUUGCGGUGGAAGGGGAGGAGAAGGAUCAACUGGUGGUGGUGGGAGAUUGCGUGGAUCCUGCAAACUUAACAACCACCCUGAGGAAGAAAGUAGGCCAUGCAUGCAUAGUCAAGGUGGAGGAAGCGAAGAAGAAGGAAUCAGUGGCGUGGUGCUGCCCCGGUUACCCUCUACGUCAUAAGGUGGAGGCAGCGAAAGAAUCUGCGAGGUGGUGCUACCCUCCAUGUCAAAAGGUGGUGAUGUAUGAUCAUGAAAUCUAUGCCUCCGACCCUGGUGGUUGUUCCAUCUUGUAAACGAUGGAUCAUUAGGUUCCAGAAACUUUGGAUGUUUGGAUUAAUGAUAUCUUGGUAUUGUUAUUCUUCCUCUGAA